AUGUUGAGGAAUAAGUUGUACUUAUACGGUGAUGAAAGCGUGCUACUACCCGCAUAUUUACAUGCUGGUAAAUUUAUGCUGAACAGAUUCAAGACUUUCGAUGACAAUGUUGCGAUUAUUGAUGCUGCCACGGAUGAGCGGAUGACAUUCAAGGAAGUGGUCCAACUUACUGUCGACGUGGCUCUCUCUCUGACUCAUAUUGGAAUAAAAAAAGGAGAUGUGGUCAGCAUAUGCAGCCAGAACGUAAUGGAGUUUUUACCUGUUGUCUACGGAACUUUGGCAGCUGGAGCUACGUUUUCUCCCAUUGAUGUUACGCUUGGAAAAGCUUCAUUAUUGCAUAGACUCAACAUGGUUCAGCCGAAAAUAUUAUUCUUUUCACCAUCCGCUUAUAAUAAACACAAGGAUGUCGUCAAAGCACUGGCUUAUAUCGAUAAAAUCAUCAUAUUCGGCGAAUCUUCUGAGAAUACACCAAGUUUCAAGGAUUUUUUAAUCGAACAUUCGUCGGUUGAGGACUUCGAGGCGGCUCCUGUGAAUGGAUCGGAUGAUAUAGCGCUGAUCCUGUUCUCAUCUGGCACUACUGGUGUAUCAAAAGGAAUAAAAAUUUCCCAUUUAAACUUGUUGUUACAUAUCCAAGAUAAAGAUUAUGUUUCCAGCUUGGGUGUGAUGAGCUUGGGGCUGUUCGAAUGGUUCACCUCAUACGGUCUCAUACUCACAUUUUACUCACACCUGAAGGGAUUCACGGUGGUGUUCCACAAUAACGCUGAUGCGAGAAAAUCUUUUGAAAUCAUUGAGAAGUAUAAGAUAAACAAUAUACCAUCAACUCCUACGACUCUCGUGCAGCUGAUGAAGCUGACAAAUUCAUCGCACUAUGAUACGAGCUCGAUGAGGGCAAUUGGCGUGACUGGAACAAUUUGUCACGAGAGCACCUUAGACGCGAUUAGAAAGAGAUUUCCUAGUGCCGAAUUAGUUAUGCAGUUAUAUGGGAUGACUGAGUGCGGCGGCAUUUGUACUCCAGCACACGGUCGGUUCGGACUUCGGGCUGGAAGCGUUGGCGGUGUUAAAAACAAUUUUGUUCUUAAGAUAGUGGAUGUGGAAACCAGGCAGCCCUUGGGUCCGAAUCAGAGGGGAGAGAUUUGUUACAAGUCGCCUGCACUAAUGAAAGGAUACAUUGGUGAAACAAUUGAAUACUUGGACGAAGAAGGAUUCUUCAAAACUGGCGACAUCGGAUAUUAUGACGAAGACCAGUACGUUUACGUCGUGGACAGGAUCAAGGAUCUUAUAAAGUUUAAUAAUUACCAUAUAGCUCCAGCAGAAAUUGAAUCAAUAAUUUUGCAACACCCUGCAGUACGAGAAGUGGGUGUCGUGGGCGCCAAGAACGAGGAGUUCCACGAACUACCCACAGCCUUCGUGGCUCUGCAACCUGGAGCUCAAGUGACUGAAAAAGAGCUUGUUGACUUUGUCGACAAACAGGUGUCAUGUAAAAUGCGGUUAGCGGGCGGAGUUCGAUUUCUGGACGCUCUGCCGCGUUGUGCUGGUGUCAAGGUUGACAGAAAAAAACUCAGGACUAUGCUAUGAAGAAGGAUUUUACAAAUAAAAUAAUGUUUGGACGAA